AGAAGAAGAAGAAGAAGAUUGAUACGGAAAUCGUUUGUUACUGGCUAUCAGGUUAUCUUUAUCGGAAGUGAACUGAAAGUUUUAAACAUGCAAUGAUUAUUAUAUAUUCUCAUAUCUACAUCAUAAGAACUUGAGAAAACUUUUUUUUAAAUGGAGGCAGACGGUGGUGCCCGUGUGAGAAAUGAAGACGUGCCUCCUCAGAACCUGGAUCUGAGUUUUAUCCUGCCAUCUGUUUCUGUUUUUCUGUCUGACUAUGGUUGGUAUCUGCUGUUCCUGUGUGUGAUGGUUUAUCUGCUCAUUCAACAUCUCAGCAAGAGCAGAUCCAGGGAGAAUCAGAGUCCCUCUGUCUUUGCAGCAAACCAAGACCCUGUGUCUGUGGCGAGACGUCAGGAAGCCCUGGAGGCGUCACGUCAGAGAAUGCAGGAAGAGCUCGAUGCUAGAGCUGCAGAAUUCAAAGAGAAACAAAUGAGGCUUGAGGAGGACAAGAGAAGACAGAAGAUUGAGAUUUGGGAAAGUAUGAAGGAAGGAAAGAGUUACAAAGGAAAUGCAAAAGUUGAACAUGACACUGAAGAGGCCCCUUCAUCUACGUUUUUGAAACCAAAGACAGAUAAAAAGCCCCUCCGUAACAGUGGAUAUAGUCCUCUGUCUGGAGAUGAAAGAGGAACAUGCUCCUGGAGACCAGGCAGAAGAGGGCCAUCCGCUGGUGGAUGAGGUUAAAGGAGGGUCAGAAUAACCUCUGACCCUUUCACACCUCCUUUCAUCCCCAUAGUAACACAUACAGAUUAACUGAAUGAAGCUGUCAGCUGUUAAGGAUCUUCAUGUAGGGUUUAUUUUUUUUGUUUUUUGUUGGCAGACAGGCUGGCUCUCUCUCUCUUUCUUACACACACACACACACACACACACACACACACACACACACUUACUCAAGAAACUAAGAUCAGUUCACCCCAAAAUGAACACUGUCAACAUUUACUCACUUUCAAGUCAGUUUUUCAGAAUGUCUAAAUGUUCCUUUCCAUAUACAGAGAAAGUGUUUGGUAAUUCAUACUUUUAAGCUUAUAAAAGCUUCUGGUGUUUUUUUUUUUGGGGGGGGGGGGUUGGUCGGUCUUUUUGUAAGCUUGACUCUCAUGGCCAUUAUUAAAUGUCGCUCUUUGGAAAAUAGCUAUGUUAACAUUUUAAAGAAUUUCUCCUUCUUCCACAGAAGAAAAAAAAUCAAAAGCAUACAGGUAUGGAACAACAUAAGGGUGAGUAAAUAAUAACAGAAUUUUCAUUUUCGGGUGAUCUACAUUUAUAUUCAGUGUAAAGAUAAUGAUUACAAUUAAUGAUUACAAGUUAAAUCAUACAAGUUAAAUUGUCCAAAGAUUUUUUUUUUCUUCCUAUAAGUCUGUUUUCUGUACUUGCACAUUAUGCUUAAGAAACUAUUGUCCAUUUAUGUUUGACAGCUUCUAAUGAUGCCUCCUCAUUAAAUGUAUUAAUACCCCUGGGGCAGGUUGAUGACUUUCAGUUAUGAAAUGUGUUGCUAUUCAUAGAGAGUAAAUAAAAAUGCCAAGUACUACAUUUAUAUAAUACAAAGUAUUUGUAUUAUUUUAUUAUUAGUAAUUGCUGUUUAAUAAAAAAAAAAAAAAAAAUUCUAUUGGUUGUGAAGUAAUAAAGUGUCGUACAGGGUGUGAGCUCUUUGGUGUUUUCUAAAGAAUGUGAUUAGAAUAUGAAAUGUUGUGUCAAAAAUUAAUUUUAUUGUUCCUGCUAUGGGUUUCUCAGAAUUAAAAGGCUUACUUGCUCAA